AUGGCAGGAUUACAGCUGACCAUAGACGUUACAUGUUGUCUGGAUCUUCUCACUAUUUUCUGGUUAUGGAGACUGAUGGUUGGAAUAAGUAACCAACAGGUUGGAUUUAUACAGGAGACCUGCAGAUAUUUGGACAUUAUAUAUGUUACAGAGACAUAUGUGAGGGGUGAUGAGCAGAGUAUAGAGGACAUUCCUACAGAUAACUGCCCAGGUUACUGUACCUCCAGGAGUUCAGAGGAGCAUCUUAAAUCUUCAGAUUUUAAAGUAAAUAAUUAUGGUGUAACAGAAGAUAUAAAUGAAGUCAUUAUCUCAGAUAUAUCCUCCAUAAUCUAUAGCAAGAAUCUAUCAUCGGAUCCUUUUAAACAGUUCCGCUCUUCCAAUUCAUCACAGACUGUUAAGCAAAACAAAAGUUACAGAAGAGAUGAUAAAUAUCAAAGAACUCACACAGGGGAGAAGCCAUUUUCAUGUUCAGAAUGUGAUAAAUGUUUUGCUUUAAAAAAAACUCUUCUAAGACAUCAGAAAACUCAUACUGGGGAAAAGCCAUUUUCAUGUUCAGAAUGUGGGAAACAAUAUACCUUUGAAUCAGAACUUGUUAGACAUCGGAGAAUUCACACUGGGGAAAAGCCAUUUUCAUGUUCAGAAUGUGGGAAACAUUAUAUUCAUAAAUCAGAUCUUGUUAGACAUCACAGAAUUCACACAGGGGAGAAGCCAUUUUCAUGUUCAGAAUGUGGGAAACUAUAUAGCUAUAAAUCAGAACUUAUUAGACAUCAGAUAACUCACACAGGGGUGAAGCCAUUUUCAUGUUCAGAAUGUGGGAAAUAUUUUACAGAUAAAUCAAAUCUUAUUAAACAUCAGAGAAGUCACAUGGGGAUGAAGCCAUUUUUAUGUUCAGAAUGUGGCAAACGUUAUGUCCAUAAAUCAGAUCUUGUUAGACAUCAAAGAAUUCACACAGGGGAUAUGCCAUUUUCAUGUUCAGAAUGUGGGAAAUGUUUUAUAGAUAAAGCAAAUCUUGCUAAACAUGAGAGAAGUCACACAGGGGAGAAGCCAUUUUCAUGUUUAGAUUGUGGGAAAUAUUACAGUGUUAAAUCAGCUCUUGUUAUGCACCAGAGAAUUCACACAGGGGAGAAGCCAUUUUCAUGUGCAGAAUGUGGGAAAUGUUUUAACCAGAAAUCAGAUCUUGUUAUUCAUGAGAGAAUUCACACAGGGGAGAAGCCAUAUUCAUGUUCAGAAUGUGGGAAAUGUUAUAGCGUUAAAUCAGGUCUUAUUAGACAUCAGAGAAUUCACACUGGAGAAAAGCCAUUUUCAUGUUUAGAAUGUGGGAAAUGUUAUGGUGUUAAAUCAGAUCUUGUUAAACACCAGAGAAUUCACACAGGGGAGAAGCCAUUUUUAUGCUCAGAAUGUGGAAAAUGCUUUAGUCGGAAAUCAAAUCUUGAUGAACAUCAGAAAAUUCACACAGGGGAAAAGCCAUUUACAUGUUCAGAAUGCGGGAAACUUUAUAGCUAUAAAUCAGAACUUGUUAGACAUCAGAGAACUCACACAGGGCUGAAGCUGUUUUCAUGUUCGGAAUGUGGGAAAUAUUUUACAGAUAAAUCAAAUCUUAUUAAACAUCAGAGAAGUCACACAGGGAUGAAGCCAUUUUCAUGUUCAGAAUGUGGGAAACAUUAUGUCCAAAAAUCACAUCUUGUUAGACACCAGAGAAGUCACACAGGGGAAAAGCCAUUUUCAUGUUCAGAAUGUGGGAAAUGUUUUAUAGAUAAAGCAAAUGUUGCUAAACAUGAGAGAAUUCACACAGGGGAGAAGCCAUUUUCAUGUUCAGAAUGUGGAAAGUCUUUUAUAGAUAAAGCAAAUCUUGCUAGACAUAAGAGAAAAUUCACACAGGGGUGAAGCCAUUUUCAUGUUCAGAAUGUGGGAAAUGUUAUAGCAUUAAAUCAGAUCUUGCUAAACAUCAGAGAAUUCACACAGGGUAGAAGCCAUUUUUAUGCUCAGAAUGUGGAAAAUUAUUUACUUGGAA